CCCCCUUCGUCGUGCGGUAAGGGUGCGUGGGAUGGUGAAAGGUUAAUCCGGAAUCCAGUUCUGGACCGCCCAAUCGCGCUGUUGUUGUACCGGUCCCAGAGGAAGAGGGGGGACAUGAAGGGGCGUGCGGGGUCUUUUGAAAAUCGGCUUCGGUUAUACCAUCACACGAAUAUCGGUGGCAGUUGCGCGCGCUCGCGAUUGUAGUACGGAGGUCUUAGCCGGAGUUGUCAUCUCGAGACUUUUAUCAGCUUGAACGAAUUUUUUGAAUCGCGCUCUUCUUACAGGCGAUAUUUUUGAGGAGCAGUUAUAUAGUGAGAAAGAGUGAUUGUAUUACGAAGAAAGAUAUUUGACUGUAAAAGAAGAAGAACGGGAGAUUUAGAGAAAAGAUAGAAAUAGCAAAAAGACUGAGUGUAUCAAGUGCGGAUUAUUCGCAUAAAACAUGGAACUCAAGGGUCUUAACGGCCGAUUAGCAUUCGCUAUCGCAGCGGCCGCUCUCGGUUCAUCGUUCCAGCAUGGAUACAAUACCGGUGUGGUUAAUGCACCUCAACAGCUUAUCGAAGACUGGAUCAAAGACCUGAAAACAAACCGCACGGGCAUCCCAACGGAAAAGACGGAAGUGACGUUAAUUUGGUCGUUGGCGGUGUCGAUAUUUUGUGUCGGUGGAAUGAUAGGGGGUUCCAUGGUAGGCUGGGUAGCGGAUCGCUUCGGCAGAAAGGGCGGUCUGCUGCUGAACAACAUCCUAGUCCUGGUGACUGUGAUCUUCGAAGGUAGCGCCAAGGCAGCGAAGAGCUACGAAAUGAUAAUCGUCGGCAGGUUCCUAAUCGGUAUAAACUCCGGGCUGAAUGCUGGCCUGGCACCGAUGUACCUGGCUGAGAUCUCGCCCGUGCAUCUACGUGGCGCCGUGGGCACUGUCUACCAGUUAGUCAUCACCAUUUCGAUUCUGGUAUCGCAAAUCCUCGGUCUGGAGCAAGUCCUUGGUACCGCCGAACAAUGGCCGUUGCUACUAUGCUUGACGAUCGUACCAGCGAUCUUCCAGAUAUGCACGCUGCCUCUCUGUCCCGAAAGUCCCAAAUAUCUGUUGCUCAAUCGCGGCAAAGAUAUGGAUGCACAAAGAGCGCUGUCCUGGUUACGUGGCACGAUCGAAGUUCAUGACGAGAUGGAAGAAAUGCGAGCAGAGUACGAGUCGGUGAAACUGGUGCCGAAGGUCACUCUGCGCGAACUCUUUGUAAAUCCAGCGCUUCGUAUCCCGUUAUUCAUCUCGAUCAUGAUUAUGUUCGCCCAGCAGUUAUCUGGCAUAAAUGCCGUCAUGUUUUUCUCAACGAAGAUCUUCAGGAUGGCGCAACUCGACAAGCAUGCCGCUCAGAACGCCACGAUGGGAGUCGGUGCUAUGAACGUCUUAAUGACCAUCGUCUCUUUAGUAUUAGUAGAAAAAGCAGGCAGAAAAACGCUACUCUUGGUCGGAUUUUCCGGCAUGUUCGUGGAUACCGCUCUACUCGCCAUUUGUCUCGUAUUCGCUGAAACCUCACGCGCAGCAGCAUACUUCUCGAUUGUACUUGUCAUCAUGUUCGUCGUCCUAUUCGCCACUGGACCAGGAAGUAUUCCGUGGUUCCUGGUAUCAGAGUUGUUCAAUCAAUCCGCCCGACCACCCGCUACCUCCAUCGCCAUCGCCGUCAACUGGACCGCAAACUUCAUCGUCAGCAUUGGCUUCUUGCCGCUGCAGGAGGUACUAGGCGCUUACGUGUUCAUCAUUUUUGCGGUGUUGCAGUUGUUCUUCACGCUCUUUAUAUACAAGAAGGUGCCGGAAACGAAGAACAAGACUAUGGAGGAGAUUAGCAGUAUGUUUAGGCAAAUAUCGUAUCAGUGAGGAAUACAAAAUGGAUAAAAUAUUUUCUCAAAAGCAAAAUCAGGAAUGAAUAUAAGUGCGUUCAUUUCUCUUUUUCUUUUUCUGCGUUGAAGAAUUCGGUUUCGCGAAAAUGGCACAUACUAUUUUAUGAUCUAUUAACGCGCUUCCAACAUUCUGUCCACACGCAAUAUCAAAAUUCAUCGAAAAGAUACUCGGUGAAUAUUUGUGCAUAAUCAUAAUGUGUGCUACGAUGUAUUCGACGUAGUUACAUCCUGCAAUCGUGCCAAUCCGGUAAACUUAACUUUUCGUUAUUUAAUUAUUCUACGUUUUUAAUUUUAGUUUUAAUUUCUUUUAUUCGGAAACUGUGUUCCAAGUCAAGUCGCACGAACACGCGACAAUUGAAAUGACGCAAAACAGUUUAGAAAACAUGAUUCUUUCACGAGUUCUUUUCGAAUAAUAAUUUGUUCCUUGCUUUAGGGACAAUAUAAUAUAUUACUUGCCAUUACUUGUCUGAGUACGAAAGACCAUAACUCUAGUCAUGAAAAAAACUUGUAGACGGAAUAUAUCCACACAAUACAAUUCUCUGAGAAAAGUUCUAAGGACGUCCUUAAGACGUAGAUGUCCUCUGUAUGUCCUUACGACAUCACUUGAAAAACUGUGUUGUAUGAAUAAUCUUGGAAGAAUCUUAUACACUGGUUGAUUUUAUUUUUAUUAUCGAACCUACGAUUCAUUUUACAUCGACAGAUUCGUACCGCUUGCUAAGCGAAUUUUUAAUGCGAUAUAUCACGUGAAAUAUACUAUAUUUUAAAGAAAUUAAUAAUCGAGUACAAUUUUAUAGAAUAACAGUUGUACAAUAGCGCAUGAAAAACUUGCGUUUUCCCUAUCGAAUUACAUUACAUCACGUUAUUGUAAAAGAAUUUCAAAAAAGGAAUAGAACUGAUUGUGUCAAUGAAUGAAGAGCGCAUCAAUUGCCUUUUUAUGAAAUAAUUUAUAAUAAAAAUUUAAAGAAUAUUUUAUUAUACGUAAACUCUGAAACGCAAGUUUUAUUCAAACAAGAACGGAAAGAAUGAUGUUAGGAUAAUUGUAAAUAAAUACAGAGAUAUGUAAAAAUUAGUAUUGUGCAUAGCAUAGGUAAUAAUUAUAUUUAUGUAUGCAUGUAGAUUUGAUUAAUGUGUUUAAAACUAUAUCAACAUCAUAUUUUUAAAUUAUUUAGAUUAAUUUUAAUAGUGUAUACAUAUAUGAAAUGAAACAUGCGAUAUACUGAACGUAACUCAGGAAUUUACGCUGAUCGUUAUCUCGUAAACAGCAGAUGGAUACACUGUUUUAUUUUUACGCUGUACCUUUCCGUAUCUCUCAAGGAAUACUCAUUUGUAACCCGUUUUAAUUAUGUAUAUUAAAACUCAUUGAUGAUAUAUAUUGUACAACAAAAGGCAUCUAAGUUUGAUAAUUCGUUAAAUCAUCGAUUUUUAUCUACUUUGUGUAAAAUAUUCGAAAAAAAAAUCUGAUCGAGAUUUUUCACUUUAUUAUGUAUAUGAUUAGUACAUUAUGUAUAUGAUUUAAUAUGUUAUCCACAUUACUAUGUACAAUGUAUGCAAAAUGUGUUAAUCGCAAACGAUUCAACUUGUCGCAAAACUGUAAAUAAUAAUAAUUCUCAUAUCUUUUAGUUAA